AUGGAUUCGAGGACAACGAAUUAUAUAUCUGUGGUCGUCUGCCGACCUGCGUUCUUUUCUCCUCCCCCCUCUCUCCAAUCUGUCCAAUUUCAAGGUCUAGGCGGAAUCUCGGGCCGGCCCGAUACAUCCGCAUCAGAACGCUCCCUUGCCGAAGGCAACCCCACACGCGCCGCGCGCUUGAGAAGCGGACCACGCAUUUUACCUGAUUUUACUCCUUCGACUCGAACCACAUCAUUGCCGGGGCCGUGCGCAAGUCACCGCCUACGCCGCCACAAACGACGACGACGACGACGACGCCGACGGAAGAAUUUUCAGAGCAGCGCCACCGUGCCCCACAUCUUGAACUUCGAUCAGGACAUUUGCACCCGCGAACACGACCGCCUUUGUUGGCGCAAGGAUCGAUACGUCACAGCUUUUUUGCAGCUCCACGACGACGGACGACGAAUCCGUUGGAUAUCUUGCAUUGAAGACUUCGACGGCACGGCCUCUGCUUUUGUGUCGAUAGGUUCUAUACCAGCUUUUUGCGGGACGCCCAGUACAGAACCACCCACAACUCCUUUUGGGCUUUCUCGAGCACCUCCAGAGUGCGCUUCUUCCUUUCACUUUCCCAUCGCCAUCCCCCACCCCGCAGCUCCUCUUGUCAUUUCACACCCCACACUCUACGUCGUCAUUAACCUCCUCCGGCGCCUCGCUCUAUUCGCGCUGUCACAGAUUUUUGACAGUUUUGCUCAUUCAGAACUCCGCUGGCCCGACCCACAUACCCUCAUUGAGACCGACUUACGAUACAACAUGCCUCGAAUGAACCUCUAUUCACGCCUUGGCGUGCCUACCACCUUCGACGCCGCUCACAAACACGUUACAUCGCCCUUUAUACGCUCGCCUAUCAUUUUUGCCGCCGUUAGGCUACUGAUAGCCUUUUAUAUGCUUACCACAUUGCUGGUGACGCUGAUAUGGCAGUCCGUGAAGGAGGAUCGGGGGUCAAGUUACUUCUCGUACUUCACGUACCUAACCUUUAUCGGUCUCUGUGCGCACUACUUCGCCGCAGGAACGCAAACAUUCUUCCAUGCACUCGCAUGGCGGAAAUUAGGUGCAGGGGCAGGUUAUCCGCUCCAGAGAUGGCCGAGGGCGCUGCAGGCGAUGCAUGUCGUACUGCAAGCUACUGUUGUUACUUUCCCGAUCGUUGUGACUGUUGUGUUUUGGGCACUUCUUUCGAACGCCUCAACUUUUGAGACGAGCUUUUCUGCAUGGUCAAACAUUUCCGUACAUGCGCUCAAUACUGUCUUUUCCCUCGUCGAAAUCCUACUAACGAACUCACCACCCGCACCGUGGCUAACACUACCUUUCUGUCUGUUGUUCCUCGGGGGAUACCUCGGCGUCGCGUACAUCACGCACGAGACGCAAGGAUUCUACACAUAUUCAUUCCUCGACCCCAAAAGACAAGGGGCCAAACUCGCCGCAUACAUCAUUGGCAUCGCUGUGGGCGAGAUCAUCGUAUUCUGUGCCAUCCGCGGGCUCAUCGUCCUGCGCGAGCGCUGGGCGGUGCGGACGCGGCGGGUGCUUGACGUGGGUGACGCAGAGGGCAGUACGGGCGGGCGCGAGAGCGAGGAGUGGGAAGAGGUCGUGGGUGUAAGCCCGGUUAGGGUGGUUAGUAGCGGGAAGGUUGCGGAUGUGUAG